UGCAGAGGCCUAGGCUCUUGGGCUCAGGCCCUAUCUUCAAUAAGUUCUGUGGAAAUACCUGGAAGGGAGCACAGUUCAUUUUCUCACUCUUCUCUGGGGAAAUGAGCAUCUGCCCUAUCCCUUCCUGGCCUGAGGCAGGACUGAAUAGAGAAUCCACUACCAUCAUCAGCAGGCACUAACUCCCACAUUUCCUUUUCCAGAUAGAUUUAAAUUCUCUGCCUUUUGUAAUAAGUCUUCUUCUUUCAAGUGAAACAAAUAAUUAAUUAGCCAAUAUUUAUGUCAGGUAAAGAGGAACCAUGCUUUUGCAAACUCUUUCAGAAAUAGUCUGUGUUUAAUAAAAAACCAAAAGCAUGGUUGAGGAUGUAGUUCAGUGGCAGAAUGCUUGCCUAGCAUGUGUGACACCCUGGGUUUGACCGCCAGCACUGCAAGAAAAACAAAAUAGUUGUGCAAGACAUUUAUGUAAAAGAUUUGCUGGACUUUCUCCCUAAUAUAUCAGUGGUUAAGCAAUUCUUCUGGCUCCCUUGAGAGACCUGCUGACCAGCGAGGCACAGUGUAUUAGUGGGAACAAGAACAUCUGGAAGGUAGUAAGAAGCAUUUGACUGCACACUCUCCCUGGAUCUGGAUUUCUCCAAGUCAUCACACUUAAAGCAGAAGGGAAAUGGCUGAGCUGAAGUACAUUUCUGGAUUUGGGAAUGAAUGUGCUUCAGAGGACCCUCGCUGUCCAGGUUCCCUGCCUGAAGGACAGAAUAAUCCUCAAGUCUGCCCCUACAAUCUGUACGCUGAGCAGCUCUCAGGAUCAGCUUUCACUUGUCCCCGGAGCACCAAUAAGAGAAGCUGGCUGUACAGGAUUCUACCUUCAGUCUCUCACAAGCCCUUUGAAUCCAUUGACCAAGGCCAUGUCACUCACAACUGGGAUGAAGUUGGUCCUGAUCCUAACCAGCUUAGAUGGAAACCAUUUGAGAUUCCAAAACCCUCUCAGAAGAAAGUGGACUUUGUGAGCGGUCUGCACACCUUGUGUGGAGCUGGAGACAUCAGGUCUAACAAUGGGCUUGCUGUCCAUAUUUUCCUGUGCAACACUUCCAUGGAGAACAGAUGCUUUUAUAAUUCAGAUGGGGACUUCUUGAUUGUUCCGCAGAAAGGGAAGCUUCUCAUUUACACUGAGUUUGGCAAGAUGCUUGUGCAGCCCAAUGAGAUCUGCGUCAUUCAGAGAGGAAUGCGGUUCAGCAUAGAUGUCUUUGAGGAGACCAGGGGCUACAUCUUGGAAGUCUAUGGUGUCCACUUUGAGUUACCUGACCUGGGACCCAUUGGAGCCAAUGGCUUGGCCAAUCCUCGUGAUUUCUUGAUACCUGUUGCCUGGUAUGAAGAUCGUCAAGUACCAGGUGGUUACACUGUGAUUAAUAAAUACCAGGGCAAGCUGUUUGCUGCCAAACAGCUUGUCUCCCCGUUCAAUGUCGUGGCAUGGCACGGGAACUAUACACCCUACAAGUACAACCUGGAGAACUUCAUGGUCAUCAACUCAGUGGCCUUUGACCAUGCAGACCCAUCCAUUUUCACAGUGUUAACUGCCAAGUCUGUCCGCCCUGGAGUGGCCAUUGCUGAUUUUGUUAUCUUCCCACCUCGAUGGGGGGUUGCUGAUAAGACUUUCAGGCCUCCCUAUUACCACAGGAAUUGCAUGAGUGAAUUCAUGGGACUCAUCCGAGGUCACUACGAGGCAAAGCAAGGUGGAUUCCUGCCAGGGGGAGGCAGCCUGCACAGUGCCAUGACCCCCCACGGCCCUGAUGCAGAUUGCUUUGAGAAGGCCAGCAAGGCCAAGCUGGCUCCUGAGAGGAUUGCUGAUGGCACCAUGGCAUUUAUGUUUGAAUCUUCCCUAAAUUUGGCGGUCACCAAGUGGGGACUGAAGACCUCCAAUUGUUUAGAUGAGAACUACUACAAAUGCUGGGAGCCUCUCAAGAGCCACUUUACCCCCAAUUCCAGGAAACCAGCAGAAUUCAACUGAGCCUGGAGCAUCGUUACCAUACAUGAGAAUGGAUUUGUGCCAUUUCCCUGAAAACCUUGUGCCUUCUAGAAGUAAUAGGGAAGAGGGUUGGUUAGAACGAGAACUCACUUUUUCACAGUCAAAUAAGUCAGAACAUUUGUGGAAAUCUAUUUGUAAAGUUCUAUGGCUAUCAGCUUACUUACUCAAUAAAUUUGCUGCUAUUCUGUUGAAA